UUGGCUUGCUACUUCGUUACCACACUGUAGGAGACACAGAAGUGUCAGAUUUAUUUAGUUUGAUAGAGAAAUCCCCGGUCAGGUUCAGUUUGCAGGGAAUGAAGAAAACUAAUUACAAAAGAAGCUGUUUUGUAGCGAAUGGUCUCCAACGCAGCGGAUAAUUACAAUGCGUUUUGCCGAUAUAAGGAGUGGCAGUCGUGCUAAGUAACUGGUUUCUAUUUUCAAGCUAGCAGAAGAUGGAAUGUACCUUAACUCUGUUUUAUGCAUGGAAAUGAUGCUAAUACUUUAGCUUUAACCAAUACCAGCGAAGUCGAUGCUCAUAAUUCGCCUCACUGUCACCGGAUGCUUUGCUGUUAUCCAGUUGGUUAGCUAGUUUAGCUUCUUUCAGAGAAGCUCCGGCCAUGGAGGAAGUUGAUAAAAUUCUGAUUCACGCCCUAAAACAGGUUGGGACGGAAGUGCCUGAAGAAAUUAAUAGCGUGAAACAGUUCAGUAGUGAGCUGAUAGUAGAGGCGGUGGUCAGAUGUAUUCGGGUGAUCGAUCCUGGUCUGAGCAGCACGCUGGCCACCUCCCUUCCUCCGGGUAUGUCUGCCCGCUUCAGAGUGGGCAUGAGCCUGGCACAGGCCUGUCAGGACAUUGGAUACAAAGGAGAGCUAGGAUACCAGACCUUUCUGUACAGCAGUGAACCGGAGAUCCGCUCCCUGCUCAUGUUUCUGGUGGAGAAGCUGCCCAGAGAAAGUGCUGAGACUUCAGACCAGCCGACAGGGAAAUCAGUGGUACUGGAGAGAACCAUAGCUGCUGCAAUCAAAGCCCAUCUUGCUGUACCUUGGCUGCCUCCAAAAUGCAGACUACCACUAAACUGUGAAACACAGAGACAAGGAGUCAUGCACAGCUUCCACGUCCAGCCCCUUAGCCUAACAAACUGCACUAAAGGCUCAAGCAAGAGGCACACAAAAGGUAGUCCUCCUACUGAAUUGCCUCCAGUAGCAAAAACCAUCCCGACUAAUCAUCAGUCAGAGGGGGAUGUACAGCUGGGUCAGCAGGAGGAGUUGGCUUACCUUCAGCAGCAAUUCCAGCAGCUUUGCAGUGAGGUUGACCAUCUAGCAGCAGACAUGAAGCACAUGAGUGUUACCAACGCUCAGGUGUUGGAUGAGCUGAAACAGAGAGAACUGAGAAACUCUGAAAAAGAAGAGAAAAUCCAAGUGAAGAAGAAAACAAUUGAUCUUCUGCCAGAUGCAGAUAAUAACCUGCUGAAACUUCAGGCUCUGGUAGAGGCCAGUGCCAAGCGAGUAGUGAACCUGGCAUCUCAGUGGGAGAAACACCGUGCUCCACUAGUUGAUGAAUAUCGCAGACUCAAAGACAUCUGCAGCAGCAAAGAUGUGGAGUCAUCCAAGAAGCUGUCCGAAAUCAAGUCUUUGCAUGAAAAGAUCCGUGUUUCUACAGAGGAGGCCAAGAAGAAGGAAGAUGCAUACAAACAGCUGGUAACAGAGUUAGAAAAUCUCCCUCAAGAUGCGUCUCGCUCAGCGUACACUCAGAGAAUUCUAGAGAUUGUCAGCAACAUCAAGAAACAGAAGGAGGAAAUUACAAAGAUUUUAUCAGACACUAAGGAGCUCCAGAAAGAGAUCAAUAAUCUGACUGGAAAACUAGACAGGACAUUUGCUGUGACUGAUGAGCUGGUCUUUAAGGAUGCCAAAAAAGAUGAAACCGUCCGCAAAUCCUACAAGUACCUGGCAGCCUUGCAUGAAAACUGUAAUCAGCUAAUCCAAACCAUUGAAGACACCGGUACAAUCCUGAGAGAGAUUCGAGAUCUCGAGGAGCAGAUUGAGACAGAAAAUGGAAACAAAACUGUGGCUAACCUGGAGAGGAUUCUGGAAGACUACAAAGCGAUUCGACAGGAGAACGCUUCACUCGCUGCCAAAGUGAGAGAAGGAUGAAAGGACAGCUCUGCUUUAUGAGGCUAAAGUGAAAACAUGAAUGGGACUGAAACAGCACUUCAGCUGUCACACUUAGAUGUUUGUCCAUUAACGUGGAGACCUGCUUUUCUUUGAAAAAGACAAAGUGUGUUUUGGACCACAGGAACUCUGUAAUUGAAAUGCAUGCCAUGGAUGGACAAAUAGGUCGGUAGAUGGAAAAUGUUGAAUUUGUACUUGGUGUGCCUGGGGGAUGAUUGUUAUGCAUUCAACUGAAACACGACACUGGGCAGCAGCAGGUGCUGUCAUUUAUAACGAUACAUGAGACAUCAUAAGAUGUUGUGAUUGAAAUUUAAUGUUUUCCUUUGACAUUUUAAAACACAAGUAACUUUUCCAUUUUCAGACCCUCAGUCUAUAAGUUGUCAUGAUUUCAUGUGAGCUUAAGUUGAGCGAAUGGCAUUUGAAUGUAGUUAAUCUGUCGUCCAUCAGCAAAUUGUUGUAUAUAUGGUACCAGCCUAAAUAAAGAUGCCUUACAUGCUUGAA